AUGGCCGGGCCCGCCCUGCGCAUCGGCGACCAGCUCAUCCUGGAGGAGGACUACGACGAGAGCUACAUCCCCAGCGAGCGAGAGAUCCAGGAGUUCGCGCGCGUGGUGGGUAUCGAUCCCGAGCACGAGCCGGAGCUGAUGUGGCUGGCCCGGGAGGGCAUCGUAGCCCCGUUGCCCGCCGAGUGGAAACCGUGCCAAGAUAUCACUGGUGAUAUCUAUUACUUCAAUUUUGCCAAUGGCCAGUCGACCUGGGACCAUCCGUGUGAUGAGCGCUACCGCCAACUUGUGAUCCAGGAAAGGGAAAAAAUUCUGGAACAUGGUGGUCUUAAAAAGAAAGAGAAAAAGAAAAAAAGGGCAGAAAAGAAAAAGGACAAGAAAGAAAGAGACUUGUCAAAGAAUCUUGAGAUGCAAUCAGAGCCAGGGAUUCUUCCGUCAACGUCCUUUUAUCGAGUAUCAUCUCCUAUCCUGUAUUCAGAGCAUGCUAGUCCUGACCUAGAGCAACAGGGCAGCCUGGUGACACAGAAUGACUCCUUCCUGAAAAACCCCAAGGGAAAGAUUUCAGAUACAGGUGAUUUGUCCAGGCUGCUAUCAAGCCCUGUCCUAGGGAAACUACAACCUCUUCUGCCAGAAAAAUCAAACCGGACUCAACAGAUCCUUGCAGAUGUGGAGAAAAUUCUUGGAAAAAAUGCAUCCUCCAGCAGGACUUUGGAGGGACAAGGUGACAUCCACUAUUUUCAAAAUGAAGUAUCGAGGCCUCCGGAGAGAAUAAAGGAGAGCAGAAGGAAAAAAAAGAACCCUUCUGAACAAUGCCAGGCCACAGAGUCCGGCCCGUGGCAGAUCGAGGCUCCUGUUCCGCAUCCUCAUCUGCAGGGUUCUGUUGAGCUUGGAGCCAAGACAGGAGUUUCGGGGAGUGAAGUGUCAUCUCCUACACCAGAACAAUUCACAGAGGGCAAAAAACAUGAUCCAAAGAUAGAAUCCGACAGUGGUAAUAGCAUCAGUGUUGCUAGCAGCCUGUCUGACCACCUUGCUUCUCAAGUCUUAGGUGAAGUAGACAAUUUCUCCUGGGACUUACAGAGCUCUUGUGAAUCUGAACAUCCCACAAAGCACCUGCCUUCUUCCCAAAGACCGUUUUUGGAAGCUUUAAAUAUACAAGCACAAAGCUCCCCAGACAAUCAGUCAGCUAGUGAGUGCUAUUCAGAGGACCAGAAGUUCUAUCAACAUGUCCUCCAUAUGGUGACGAAAUCUAGGAGAACAGAAUCAAGGGUACCCAAGUUUCUCAAGGGUCAGAAAGGCAGCAGCAAAGGGCCUAGUUCUGAUCACACUGUAGAGUCUGAUGUUGCUGGAGAAGGAAGUACAGAAACAGCAGUAGCAAAAGCAGCAGCUCUUGAAGAAGAGAGAUUGAAGCCCUGUGAGGGUCAGGCAUGCAUCCUUCAAGACAAUCAGGCAGGAGAACAGCUGGUGCACAAUACAGCUCUGAUGGAGGAAGCCUGCAGGGUUGGGCUUCCAAAAGACGGAGAUGGAAUUGAAGAGGCUUUUCAAGAGAGUCUUAAUCUUGUUCUAGAAAAAGUCCUGGAUGUGGCUGAACUACCUCCAGUCCUGAACAGUCCAAAAUUUGGUGUGAACAGAGCCACCAUUGAAAGCACUUCGAAAGAGGAAGACAAAAACUGUUUGGUGCAGGAGAAAAACAAGGACAAAGGCAGCUUGGGAGAAGAGCAAAAUAGUGGAUCUGCUGUGGCAGAAGAGAGGCAGUUUGAGACUGAAAUAAAGCCAUGGAAUAUCCAUACUGGGGGGGCACUGGAGGAAAUAACCAAAGUGGAAGAAAUGAACAUGUAUUUGCUGGAAGAAAAACAGACACAUGUUCAGAAUUUGCAGGAAGAACUGCAACUGCGAGAAGGAGAGGAGAUCCAGAUAUUACAUCAGCAGAAAGAGUCUGCCCUCCGGUCACUGAAAACUGAGUUGGAGACAACUAGGGAGGAAGAAGAGACACGGUUGAGGGAAGAGGUCAGAGUGGAACUUCUAAAACAUCAAAUUGAGAUGCGUUCUGAGUUGAAUGCAGAGAAGGAGAAGAUCAGGCUGGCACAGGAAACUGCAUUGACCCGGCUGAAAGAGGAGCUAGAGUCCUUUCAGCAACGGGAGAGAGAAAAGCUCGAAGAGCACAAGUGGCUUUCUCUGGAACGGAUAAAAAAAGAGGCUGAAAUGGCUGAGCAGGCUGAACAGAUGGUGCUGGAGCAGGAGAACCAGAGGGCCUUGAAUGAACUGAGGGAGAAGUUGUGCAGAGAAAAGGAACUGGCUCUCCAGGGACUGCAGGAGCAACUGGCAGCAGAGAUCCAGCAACAGAAAACGGCAGCGGCAGAAGAGCACCAGAAGGUUAUUCUGGCCCUCCGGAUGGAAAUAAUGGAGGCUCAGAGAAGAGAGGAAGCAGAAUUUCAGAAGGAGCUCAAGAAUGUGGAGCAAAAGGUUCAGCAGAAGAGACAUCAAGCAGCAGAGUAUGAGCGAGAGCUCAGUGAUCUUCUGAAAGAGAAGCGUCAAGAGGUUGAGCAAGAACAUGCUAGAGAGUUGGAAAAAAUGCAGAAGAUACACCAGGAGACUCUAGUUAGAAUUCAGAUGCAACAUGAGGACAAGGUCAACUCUUAUACCUGGCAGGAGAAGAAGCAGAAGGCCGAGCUGCUUGCAAGGCUACAGGAGGAGCUGGGGCGCAUUAAGGCCCAGCAAGAGGCUUUGCAAAAGACACAUGUGGAGAAGCUAAAGGAGCUGCGCCAGAAGCACCAGGAGCAGGAGAAGGCAGCCCAGGAUGCAGAACUAGAGCUGGAGCUCCAAGCUAAAGAUGCCCAGACAAAAGCAGCUCAACUCUCUGCCCAGGAGGAGGCCUGGAAGAAGAAAAGGCAGCAGGUCCUAGAAGAAGAGAAGCAGCUGGAAGAAGAAAGAAAUGAAGCUGCUUUGGCAGCUCAUUCCCGCCUUGAGGAGUGUCAAAAAGCACAGGAGAAUCUUGAAGAUACCUUACAGCAGCUGCACAGAGCUCUGGCGGAACUCCAGGAUCAGAAAAUAAAGUUGGAGUCUCAGGUGGAAUUGCUUCAGAUACAGGGCCAGCAGCUUGAGAGGUGUACCAGUGACUUGCAGAAGACCAUCAGGACCAAGCAAGAGCUGCUAAAGAAACUGGAUAAAGAAUGGAGUGAGGCAACUUCUCCAAGGGAAAAGGAAGAAGCGCUCCGAGUGGAAGACCUACAAGGGGACUAUCCAGAGCCUUCCUCCAGAGAAAUGACAUCUGAAAUACCAAAAAGCAAUGAAGAAAACGGCCUUCUCCUGAACCAAGUACGACACUACAUUUCCACUGAGGGAGCCUCCCUGAAGACAGCAAAGGAAUUCUUGGUGUGCCAGACUCGUUCCAUGAGAAAAAGGCAGACGGCCUUGAGAGCAGCAAAGCAGCAUUGGUAUGGUGGUCUCCAGGGAACACCAGCUGUGCAAGACUCAGUCCAUUCCCAGGUGUUACAGGGAGUGCACAGGAACCUGGAAGAGGAAGGGAGGCAGCUAGAUAAAAUGAAAUCUGCCAUGCGGAAAGGGCAGGAACUCCUGAAGAAGAAAGAAGAGAGGCUCAGCCAGCUGGAGACCUCUCUUCUGGAAGAGUUUUCUGAUGAAGAUACAAUCAAGGGAGUGGCCUGCAAGAAAAUGGUGACUUUUGACCUCAGUGACUCUGAAGACACAAGUAGCCUUAUGAGUGCUGAUCGGUCUCCUCACAAGACAGCUGACUUGAAACCAGAUGUCCAGUUUUCCCCCUUUGACAAGAUCCAGUAUUUGACUGAGUCACUACAGCGCAUCACCAGUGACCUGAACUGUGUCCUUCAUCUCCUGAGUACCUUCAACAGCCAGCAGUCUCUCUUAACUUCCACCCAAGGCCGACUGACUCCACUGGCCAGGGAUGGAAUUCCUCUGACUGCAUAUACCUCCCUGGCAUGUGCCUAUUCGGCCACACCAUUUGCACCUUCCACUGGACUUCAGUCAGCCUGGUGUAACUCAGGUCCCAGUUCUGCUGCUGUGAGCAGACAGUCUGUGGACAGUCUGCUGAUGGAGAAAUGGCACAAGUAUUUCCCAGGGAAGUUUCCAUUGCCAUGUGGUGGGCUCGGUGUUCAAGAUGAAAAGCUGGACUCCUUAAUAACUGGCGAGCAAGUCUGCCUGUUCCAGCCCCCUCACUUUCAGGGCUCCAAGGCUGAGAAGUCAAACACCCAGCGCAUGAUUGAUGCCAAUAAGAAAUGGCUGGAGGGUUUCAAGCAUGAUUGCAAAGGAGCUCUCUUGCCGAGUCCUUCGCAUUCUUCCAGCAGUGGCUCCGGUUUGGUGCAGCUUGGGCUGGAUGAGAACAAUCAGAUCAAGGUCUACCACUUCUAGAUGGACAAAAAUCCUGCUUGUCUGCAAAAAGCCUGGCUACCUGUCUAACAUCAAUAUAUGAUAUUAUUAUCUCUGUACCCAACAGCCUCCACAUGUUUUCUUGGGCUGCAGAGAUUGAUUCUUAGCCAUAUUUCUCUUGGGAAAUCAAUUAAAGCCUUUUUGUAGAUUUUCCAUCCCAGGGAAACGUCAUAAAUGUGAAAGAGAAAGACGUGUGUGCUGAAUGGAGAAAGGUGGCUGAUAGGUUACCUGUCCAUACUUAGGAAGCCAGAGAAAGAAAGGGCCCAUCUGAAACACAGGGGCUUGAGGGGCCAGCGUCUUCUCUAUUGCUCAGCUUCCUCUUUCCACUGUCACCGUUCGCACCUCAGAACCCACUAUUCAGGUACGACUGCUGAAGGGGCUGGCAGCGUGCUUCUGCUCCCGCAGCAACUGGGAAUAUGAACUACAAAAUCAGUCUUUGCAGAGGCCGAAGCAGGUCAUGAGCAGGUCCAAUUCCCCAGGUGCUUCUGGAUUCUGGGAGUUCAUUUCUACUCCUGGUUUCUGUUUUUCCUAAGGGCUCGUGUACCCAACCUGCUGGUAUGCUGUCUGGAGCACUGGCGCCGUAUCCAUGGCACUCACUAGGCAGAUUCUUUGGUGCUCCCAGCAACACCAGAAGGUAAACAGAGAUUUGGGGUAAAUUAGAUCAGGCAAUGGCCCAAUGUACUCUUCCUUGCAAGUGGUUGGUAUAUCCUUUGAUUAAGCCGCCAGAAGAAAGCUAAAUUUUUCAACAACCUCCCCUCCCCCACCUCUGUUUUCAAGUGGACCGCUGAUCUCGGGUUGCUUUUCAAACAAUGAUCAACAUGUGUCUAAACAGACAGCAGAAACCAUCCUCCCCAAGGGCUGGUGCUACAAGUGGCCUCAGGCCUCUCUGUUGUGGGGCAGAUCUCUCCCUCUGGGUGGUCCACAGCAGCUUUUCUCCUGUCCUUGUUUAUACCAGGACUGGAAGGACUUGUUUUACUGGCCUUCCAAUAAAUGAAAUGCAUAUUAUAGCAGAGGACUGGUGGUGUGCAUCCUUCAGCUAUUAACUGUAUUUUUAAAUUCUGAUUAAAUGUAUUCUU